UCUGCUCUUGGCACAAUCAGUCCUCUUCUUUUGUUGUGUUCUUGCUUGUCUUGGCCUACAUUUUAUACUCCCUAACCCUAAGCAUGAACUGUCUCUUGAUUAGUGGUAGUUUAUCAUCAGGACAUGUUCUUUUCAGUUUUUGUCCAGAUUUUUUCUCAUGGGUUAUUUGCUUCAUGUUUUCUAAAACUACGAUUUCUCAAAAAAAAAACUUCUACUAUAUCCAUCCCAUAAUAUAAGGAUCAGAUGAGAUAUUUCUUACCACUGUAAAUCUGUACAGGAUGCCGGUAAAGAUUUGUAGUACUAGGAAAUAUCUCAUCUAGUUCUAGAUUAUUAUAUUUUGGGACGAAGGGAAUACUACAUUAUUUACACUAAUUGUUGUAAGUUGUUUGUGCAGUUUAUUCCUCAAAAUAUUAAUUUAUAAACAAACAAUCCGCCUUAAUAAUCCGGACAAAAAUCUGUUUCAGACAGGGCUGAAAGUAUCCGGAUUAGAGGCAAUGAAAAGUAGUAGUGUUCUGUUCAAUGAGGCCAUCAACUGUUGGUUGGUCAGGACACCACAGAUGGUGCCUCCUUGUCGUUGGAUAUAAAGACUCUUCUUUUUUUUCAUUUUUUCAGAUAUAAUUUGAAGAGAUACCUUGAGCUAUUAAUGGUAUUAGUACUGAUAAUUUAUGAUAUCAGUACUGAGAUAGAAAUAGCUGGACAAUGUAAAGAACUCAUCUUUUUGAUGAAGGUCCAAGUUCAUGUUUAUUCUGUAGCUGUGGUUUCAGAGGGGUUCAGAAUAAGCAAAAGGCAUCGGUACUUGGUUUGGUUUCUUUUUUCAAUGUGCAUCUAGGACAAACUUUGUCCUCAACUCCUAGUCAUUGGUCCUCUCCCUCAUCACAGGCUUGUUGUAGGAAAUGGAAAGGCCAGAGAUUUUUUUUGCAGGAAAAAAGUACAGCUAGUGCUAGUAGUAAUACUGCCAACAUGUAGUACUCGUUGCUAGAGAUUUUUCUUUAAAGAUACUCUCUUCCCCAGCAUGCUAAACCAUUCAACUGACAGUACAACUCACCGCCCCAAUUUAAUCUUUUGAUUGCUCCAUUUGGGGGUUUCAGAGGCGACAUGCAACAGUGAAAACCCUGUAGAGGAUCUGACCAGGGAAAAGAGUGUGCAUUGCAAUGCAAAGGCUGCAGCUGUUGUUGGAUGGGGGCAAGAGAUUAGAUUGAUUCAUCUCAACCAGGCACAUGAUUCUACUGUUGAGCACACUGAUGAAAAACUGUAGCUGCUUUUGUCCUCUCCCUACCCACACUUUCCAAUCCAACCCUUAUACAAACACAACCACACACACACCCCAAUGGCACCAAUGAUCAAAUCAAGCAAAGCACCACUGCUGCUGCAAAGAACACCAGAUAGAUCAAACUCUCUCUCUCUCUGGUGUUGCUGUUAGUUGGUAGUUUGGUACUACUUGGUACUCUGGGAAGAAGAAAGAGAUUAUUAUAGCAGAAAAGCAGCACCAUGGCAUAGCUCCAGGCAGCAAAACCAGAAUACAACGGGGAUAACGAUUCUCUCUCAGCUAAAGGAGGUCGGGGAAACAAGUGGGAUAGGAUCUCUCUCAAGUCGAGGUGAGUGAGAACUCAGCCAAGAACAACAAUGGAGUCUCUGUUGCUUUAGUUCUGCCAGCCAAUUGGUUUCAACUUUCAACGCUGCUACUUGUUAUUCAUCACCUCCUCGGAUCGGUUUGAUUUAUGCUCAAGGUUGUGCUAUGCAUGGUCAUGCUGAUUGAGGGCAAGAUUUGCAGGGAGAGGAAGGAUCCACUGUGUUUCUUUUCUGGGAGAAAGGAAAGUUGAGAUUUGCAAUAUAUACAAGUGUGAGCAGCAGCAGUUGAGAUCCUUAAUUCAGCCAUGGCUUCUUUUGGGAUGAACUGGAAUCAGAAGAGCCCUGUGUUUUGGGACUGGGAAAAUCCAGCGCCUUUCGGUCCGAAUACAAUGGAAAAUCCCAAGAGCAUACCUCACCCUGAACCAAGAGGUGUAGUUGUCGCGGCCGCAAAUCAUGGAUCCACCAAUUCAUCCGGUGGCACGUUCACUUCUAGCUCGGAGCUAGCCAAUGGUUCAUCGAAGAGCUCCUUGUCAGCGUCGUUCGAUUCCUCAUCCAAGCUGGGGAACAGCUUAGAGUUCAGGUUUGCUUCUGUCAAAGGGCAUGGCAAGAACAUGUGCAAGGAUGGCGAGGCCGGUAGAGUUGAAGACUCGGGCACUUCUCCAGCUGUGGCAGUUAGCCAUGGUGAGCCGGUAAUAGGACUCAAGUUAGGGAAGAGAACUUACUUUGAAAAUGUUUGUGGAGGGCAGAAUGUCAAGAGCUCCUCUGCAGCUUCAGGUGUGACUUGUCCAUCUACUGUGGUCAAGAAGAUGAAGGUGUCUCAGCAGAGCACACAAAGCUCAUACUGCCAAGUUGAAGGCUGCAAAGUCGAUCUGUCCUCCGCAAGAGAAUACCAUCGCAAGCACAAAGUUUGUGAAGCUCAUUCUAAGGCACCAAAGGUUAUUGUUUCUGGUCUGGAGCGCCGUUUUUGCCAACAGUGUAGUCGGUUUCAUGGUUUAGCUGAAUUUGACCAGAAAAAGAAAAGUUGCCGCAGGCGUCUAUCUGAUCAUAAUGCACGAAGAAGGAAACCGCAACAAGAGGCAAUUUCAUUUGGUUCAUCAAGGCUCGCCACGAUGUUUUACGAUGCAAGGCAGCAGACAGAUAUUUACUUUGGCCAAUCUCCUUUUGGCCAAGUGAGAAGCAAUGCAAUUUCUUCAUGUGACAACCUGGGAGGCUUCAAAUUUACAGAAGCAAAACUCCCCUGGAUGAAGCCAAUGAAAACUAUAGGCCUUGAGGAUCUGAAUUUCUCUACCCUGCAGAUGCCAGGCAAUGUUGUGUCGCAUACGGUGCAUCAUCAUGAUUUUGAUGGGCUCAUACCAUUCAAGGGAAACACCCCGAAGGUCCUCAACCAAGGUGUGGAUCCAGCCUGUGCCGUCGUGUCCUCCAACUCGAAUGGAGCCCCGGAUCUUCGGCGUGCUCUCUCUCUUCUGUCAAGCGAUUCCUGGGGCCCGGCCGACGUUCAGGCCGGCUCCCAGGUGCAUCCCGGUGGAGUGAUGCCGCCCCUCGCCGUUGCCGCCGCCACCGUCACCGCCCCGACGAACCCUGUCAGUGUGAUGCAUGCUCUGCACCCGUCCACCGGAGGAGGAGGAUUCUGGCAAGACGGCGACGACCCGCCUCCGCUCGAUCAUGCCUCGCAGGCUCAGGCGUUCAUGCAUCCUGGCAAUGGCAGCAGCUCCGGCUAUGGCCAUCUGCACUGAUUCUGCUGCAUCUAUUUGGAACGGGUUGAUGACUGGUUACUCCGUUCAUGAUCUUACCCUGUCAGUGAUGGACUCUGAAUAAUUUGGGGGCGAAUUGUCCUGCAACCCCAGGAUUUAUUAUUUCUAUUUUUGAAACCAAACCACCAGGAUAUUUGCCAUUGGAUGAGAAGUGUUCAUGAUCAUGAAAUGAUCUGUUUUGUUCCACAGAAUCUGACAUAUCUACUACUCGUCUUGGGAAUGAGCUGAGAUCGAUUCGUGUGUUGUUCAUUCA